AUGGAAGAAUUUUUAAUUGGUAAUUUAGGAUCAGAAAAAAUUUUAACAUCACUUUCAACAACAACAUACCCACUUCAAUUUAUUAGUCAAUUUCAACAAGAGAAUGGAAUUUCAAAAAAGAGUUUACCAACAGUUUCACCAGUUUUAAAUUUAUUAGAUUUACAUCAAAUACCGCGUGGUGAUUUAUAUUUAAAUCUUUUAAGUUCAUUAAAAAAAGAUUUAUUAUUAAAAAUUAAUACAUUAAAUAAACAUGAAUUAGAAAAAUUAUUAGAACAAACAUUUCCAUAUAUUGGAUUUGAAGAAUUACAAGAAAUACCAAUGAAUGUAAUGAAAAGAUUAACACCAGAAGUACCAGUUGCAUUUUUAUUGAAAUUAGCAGAAGCUGAAGAAUUAUAUGAACAAUGUCCAAUUGAGGUAAAGAGACAAAUUUGGAUUGUUAAUGAGGAGUUAUUUAAAGAAAAGAUAAAACCAUUGAUUAAUCAAUAUAUUGAGGAUCCUAUAUUCAUUCAAGAUAUGAAUGAGCAAUUGUUAUUGAGUUCGUCGACUACGGUGGACCCAUUAUUCGCAGUUUCGCAUUUGCCUGCAAAGCGUCGUGAAAACAAUUCAGUCUUACAGGAGAUGGUGGAGCUGUUUGGCACAAAGUCGCCUGACCUCUACCAAAUGUUUAUCAAUCAGAUAAAGCGAUCGUUUGCCGAUAGUGGUAAUUAUUUACUUUGUAAUUUGCGUGCAGAGAUAUUGAUGGCUAUCCACGAUAAAUCAAUCCCUGAGAUCUACGACACCGACGCGUCGCAUAAUAUAGCCUGGUGUUUGGACGCCUGCAUUAGAGACAACACUCUUGACGCCCGACGUAUCAAAGAGAUUCAAACUAAUCUAUCUUCGAGUGUACAUCAUCAAAACUCUUCAACAUUGGGUGAUACAGCUAUGGUAUUUGCAAAUCCAAUCGCUGUCAAUUGUAUCGUUAGAAAUAUUUUAAUUCAAUUGAAAGAAGUUGUAAAAAGAAAACAAAUUCCAAAAGAUGAUGAAUCUAUAAAGUUUUUAACUUAUCUAUUGGUUUUAGCUCUUAAAUCUCAUGAAAUGAUUAAAGAAUCAAAAUUUAAAAUUCCACAUGUUAAAAAACAUAUCCUUCAAACUUUUUAUCCACUUUUAGCAACUCAAAUUUUAGAUGAUAUAACACGUGAACAAACUUCAACAAUUUCAUUAUCAUCAUCUUCUACUUCUAAUACUAGUAGUACAAAUCCUGCAAAUACAAUCUCUUCAAAUUUAAAUAGUUCAUCAUCAACAGUUAUAAAGGAUAUAAGUAGUGGUGGUGGUAGUAGUGUUAAUAGUGGUGGUAAUAGUGGUAAUAAUAGUGGUGGUGGUACUGGUAAUAAUACAAUAGGUACAAAUAUUAAUAAAUCAUCAAAUAAUUUAUUAUCAAUGUCAUCUUCAACUUCACCAGUUUUAGAAUCAACUUCAUUAAUGAGUGUAUCAGAAUUUCAAGAUUUAGAAAAUUGUUAUUUAAAAUAUGAAGUUUGUAAAAAAAUAACCUUAUCUUAUAUUAUAAAUAGAGCAUUGGAUAAAGAUUUAAUUAGUGUUGAUAGAUAUUUAAAAUUCAUUUAUAAAUUAAUUUUACAAGAUAAUAAUAUAACUGAAUCAACUCCAAAUCCUACAAUUCAAUCUCCAACUGUAUCAUCAGUUGAUACAACAACAACAACAACAACAACGAAUCAAUCUGAUACAUCUAAUACUACACCAACACCAACAACAACAACAACAACAGCAACAACCACUACAACUACACAAUCAACAGAAGAUAGUACAUACGAACAAUUAUCAAAUGUUGAUAUUUAUAAAUACUUUGGAAAUGAUUUUAUACAGUCAAUGGUUUCUCAAGUUUUACAAGUUAAAGAACAAAGAUUUAAUUCAAUCAUUAUAGAUUCAUUUUUAUUUAAAUUUAGAUUUUUACCAUUCAUUCAAAAACAAUUAAUUAGAUAUUUGUUAGAGAAUCAUACAAGAAUGAAUCAAAGAGAAUUUAUUCAUUUUAUUCAAAAAUUAUAUAAUAGUGUAUUAUCAACUUAUAAAAAACAACAACAACAACAACAACAACAACAAACAAUUGAAGGAAAUAACAAUGUAAAUAAAAAAUUAUUGGAUGAUAUAGUUCAUUCUACUAGAUUAUUAAUCGAUAAAACCAGUCAAAGAUAUAAUGAAAAGAUAGCAUUGUCACUAUACGAAUUUUAUAAAUUAAAUCAAAAACAAUUCCUUUCACCAACUUUAACCAAUCAGCAACAACAACAUCAACAUUUAUUACAACAACAUUCACAAUUAUCUCAACCAAUUGAUAAAAUGGUUUCACCAACAUUGUCUUCUUCUGAAUUAAUUAGUGCACCAUCUUCAACUUCUUCAGUAUCAAAUAAUACUGGCUCAAAUAUUACAAGCGCACCACCAUCUUCAACUGAAUCUCCAAUGGAAACUAGUUCAAAUAAUAUUAAUAAUAAUAGUAAUAAUAAUAACAACAACAAUAGUAGUAGUAGUAGUAGUAGUAAUGCUCCAAUGGACACAACAUCUGAUUCAAAUUGGGAUUAA